AUGGCCGACCCUAAUGUUCCUGUCAACGGCGAGGACACUGAAAUCCUAGACGAAGGUGGCAAGAACAUUCUCAUGGGAAUCAUUGCCCAGCUCGGCAAGAGCACCGACCUCCACCGCGUCACCCUUCCAACUUUCGUGCUCGAACCCCGCAGCAUGCUUGAGCGAAUCACAGACUUCAUGUCCCACCCAGAACUGAUCGUCAAGGCAAACCAAAUCCAGGAUCCCGUUGAGAGGUUUGUGGCAGUGACUCGGUACUUUCUGUCAGGAUGGCACAUCAGGCCAAAGGGUGUGAAGAAGCCUUACAACCCAAUUCUGGGCGAGCAGUUCCGUGCGCAAUGGAAGUUUGAGGACGGCACAGAAGCAUUUUACAUCGCAGAACAAGUCUCACAUCAUCCUCCCAUCUCAGUGUACUACUAUGCAAGUCCGGAAAACAAUAUCAGCGUCUUGGGCGACCUCUUGCCAAAAUCCAAGUUCCUGGGCAACAGUGCUGCGACAUUAAUGCAGGGAGAGAUCAAAGUCUCAUUCACGAACCGACCUGGCGAGGACUACAUCAUCACCAUGCCCAACGUCUAUGCGCGAGGAAUCCUGUUCGGGACGAUGCUGAUGGAGCUGGGAGAUAUUGCCACCGUCAAGUGCGCCAAGCUGGAUCUUGUCUGCAAUCUGGAUUUCAAAGUCAAGGGCUUCUUCUCGGGAUCAUAUAACGGAUUGGUAGGAAAGAUUAAGCGUGACUCGACAAAUGAGACCCUGUAUGAAAUUUCCGGAAAGUGGUCGGACGAAAUCAUCCUCAAGAGGGGCACCAAGAAAGAAGUACUCUUUGACGCAAAGACGGCCAGGAUCAACCCAAAAAUCAUCGCAUCAGAGGACCUGCAGGAGCCCAACGAGUCGCGUCGUCUGUGGAGCAAACUGACAGCAGCAUUGAAGGUGAACAACCAGGAUCUUGCGACUAUAGAAAAGAGCAAAGUCGAGGACGCCCAGCGUGCAAGUACCAAGGAUCGCGAAGAGUGCAGACUGCAUCAUGUUCCCCGGUACUUUGAGUCUGACGGCAUGGGCAACUUUGACAUCAAGCUCAAGAAGUAA